AGGACCCGCCCCUCUGGACCCGCCUCCUCCCAUCGACUCUAUAAAAGCACCGUCUCUGCCGACCAACCGCAGCCUGACUUCAGCGCUCCCACUUUUGGCCGACUUCUCAGCCCAUCGGCCGUUCGCGCCGCCAUGGAUCUCGCCGCCAUCUACGAGAGCCUCCUGUCGCUGAGCCCUGACCUGCCAUCUGACCACGGAGAGACCGAGUCCAGCCCAAGCUGGGCUUCCUCCGGGCUCUGGAGCCUCAGCUCAUCCGACAACAGCCCGGCUGGGGUCGGUGUCCGCUUGCCUGGCCGCUCCACCAGCCUGGUGGAGGGUCGAAGCUGUGGCUGGGUGCCGCCACCCCCAGGCUUCGCACCCCUGGCUCCCCGCCCAGGCUCUGAACUGUCGCCUUCACCCACCUCACCUACUGCAACCCCCACCACCUCAUCCCGGUACAAGACUGAGCUAUGUCGGACCUUCUCAGAGAGUGGGCGCUGCCGCUAUGGGGCCAAGUGCCAGUUUGCCCAUGGUCUGGGUGAGCUGCGCCAGGCCAGCCGCCACCCCAAGUACAAGACCGAACUCUGCCACAAGUUCUACCUCCAGGGCCGCUGUCCCUACGGCUCACGCUGCCACUUCAUCCACAACCCCAGUGAAGACCUGGCUGCCCCGGGCCACCCCCACGUGCUGCGCCAGAGCAUCAGCUUCUCAGGCCUGCCCUCUGGCCGCCGAACAUCACCACCACCAGCAGGCCUGGCAGGCCCUUCCCUGUCCUCCUGCUCCUUCUCUCCCUCCAGCUCCCCGCCCCCACCACCCGGGGACCUUCCACUUUCUCCCUCUGCCUUCUCUGCCGCCCCUGGGACCCCAGUGGGCCGAAGGGACCCCACCCCAACCUGUUGCCCCUCCUGCCGAAGGGCUACCCCCAGUAGCGUCUGGGGGCCCUUGGGUGGCCUGGCUCGGAGUCCCUCUGCACACUCUCUGGGAUCUGAUCCUGAUGAAUAUGCCAGCAGUGGCAGCAGCCUGGGGGGAUCCGACUCACCUGUCUUUGAGGCUGGGGUUUUUGGCCCACCCCAGCCGCCUGCAGCCCCUCGGCGACUCCCCAUCUUCAACCGCAUCUCCGUUUCUGAGUGACAAGUGCCCACCCAGUACAGAUCAGCUGGAUCUCAAGGGGGCCAUUUCUCUUUUGCCCUGGGUUCCACAGGGGCCCCAGGGGCUGUGGGAAACUGGGGGACUCAAGUAGCCUCCCCCCAACCUUCCAAAGUGCAUUAACCCACUCCCCUGACCCCAUGCUGGGGCAGGUCCCCAGUGUGCAAGCUCGGUGUUCAUGGUGUUGGGGGAAGGAGUGUUUUCUGGGGCCUUGUUAAAAAAAAAAAAAA